AUGUCUUUCCAUUUGGAAGAUCUCAAAGUUAAUGAUCCAUCUGAUAUGAUGGAUAUUGAAGAAAAAUCUUCUUCCGAAAACUAUGAAAUCAUUGAUUUAAACUCGAGAAAGAUUCUUCAUCAAUUUCUUCUUGUACUUGAUUUAAAUAAUACUACAGACACUGAUCAAAUUUCAAGUCAAGCUCAAGUAAUCAAUGAUGUAAUUGAAAAAUCACCGUUUAUAACUAUGCAAAAUAAAGACCGAUUCGUCCGGUUAGAAUUGGAAACAGAAUAUUCUGUUCAAGCAUUUGACUCAGUUUAUGCUCGAACCCGCACGACUGCAGAUGGCAAUUGUUUAUAUAGUUCUCUUUCGAUAUUAAAUAUUGGAUCUGAAAAACUAACACAUUCGAUGAGAUUGUUGGCAGUAAAUGCAAUGAUCAAUAAUAGCGAUUAUUUCCGAACACUUUGUAAAUCAUUGGGUUAUUCAUUUGAAGAACCGUUGAAAAGAACUGCUAAGCAUAAAAUAUGGGGUGGAGAAGUUCAAAUUCAAGCUCUCUCUAUAGCUCUAUCUCAUCCUAUAUAUUCAUAUAGCCGAUUUAACAACAAUCCAGAAAAUAGGCACUAUAUACCACCGAAUAUUAGCUUGGAGGAAUUGAUCGAUCGAUUUAAUGAACGGACAGCAGGUGGUCAUUUGAAACACGUAGGAUACAAAUCCGAUAUGAAUAAAUUAGGAUUAUGUGUUUACUACAAUGGUAUUCAUUAUGAUGCUCUCUUGCCUUUUGAAGAAAAUCCUCAACAAUUUGUACCACACUUUGACAUAAUUAACAUGAGUUUAUAA